UUUUUGGCCCGGUCUGUCGCAUGCUUUUCUAGCAAUCAACAUGUCAGUCGUCACUAAAUAAUGUUUUUGUUGCUUAGCGAUUAAAAUUAUAUUUAAUAUCGGAUUCCUUAUUAAUUUUACGGUGUUUUUGGUUUUUCUACCUUACCUGGUUAGAGUAAGUUAUUGAGCAGAGCAGUAUUCUACUUCCCAGAUCCGCAACCGCAAGCACUAGUGCCAAUUUCAUCCUAGUAAAAACAUGGAAUCAUCUGCAGAAACAAAAACAAGCUUAUCGGAUCAAAGUAUCCCAGUGAUUGCAAAAGAAUCGAACAACAACGAACAUCAGACCAUUGCCGCAUCACUGCCUCCAAAGGGCGACCAGUGCUAUCAGGAUGCCAAAAAGUACUGGUCAACUAUCUCACCCACCGUUGACGGUAUGCUGGGCGGUUUUGCCAGCAUCUCGUCCAUCGACGUUCGAGGAUCGGAUCAGUUUUUAAAGCACUUACACAAACUGAAACCGGCACCCGGUAAGCAGUGGGCGUUGGACUGCGGAGCCGGAAUCGGGCGGGUCAGUAAGAAUCUGCUGAUGCCGGUGUUUGCAAAGGUUGACCUGGUCGAGCAGGAUGAGCAAUUUGCUAGGACAGCAGAGCAGGAUCUGACUCCGAGUGGGAAACUGGGUACGGUUUUUAACGUAGGGCUGCAGGAUUUCAGCCCGGAGGAGGGCAAAUAUGACGUCAUUUGGUCCCAGUGGGUGCUUGGUCAGUUGACCGAUGACGAUGUGGUUGAAUUUCUAGUACGUUGUAUAAAAGGAUUGAACAGAAACGGGGUGAUGGUGAUUAAGGAGAAUUUUACGACCGGACCGCGUUCUGAGCCAGACAAACAGGACUCAUCGGUCACGAGACCACUGCCGUGGAUGAAGAAGCUUCUUUCGAAGGGAGGUUUUCGGGUAAUCAAAGAACAGAAGCAAAAGGAUUUUCCCAAGGAUUUAUACCCGGUGUAUAUGCUGGCAAUGAAGCCGGUAAUAAACAGCUGAAGACGUAAUGGA